AAGAAACCCCUCAUUGUACAAAAUGUGCUGAUAAUGUGCUAGAUACUGUGAAGCACAGAUUUGCAUCAUGUACUUCUAUUCAACCUUUAUGGGGUAUUAUUAAACAACACUUUAUGUAUAACAUGUCAGAAGAUGAAAUAAUACAAGGCAUUUUUAAAGAUGAUGUUCAAACUAACAAGUUAAAUUAUAUUAUACUCAUUGCAAAGUGGUGUAUACAUAAACAUACUCUAGGGUUUUAUAAUACUAUUGACUUGUACUAUAAUUUUAAAAUAGAGCUCUCCAAGAGAAAUAUUAUUAUGUAAUGCAACAGGUAACUUAUGUUAACAAAAUUUUUAAUU